AUGGCCCAGCCAGAACCACAAACGUCUGGAAGUUUGGCACUCAUAGACCGCCUUCAGUGGUUGGGAGAUGUGGGUGCUGGAGCAUUUGGAUCUGUGCACCUGGCGCGCACUGCUGCAGGGACACCGGUUGCUGUGAAGCGUGUGCUGAUGGCAAGUGGUCAGGAGAUGCGGGAAGUACAGAUGCUACAGAAGGCGUCCCAACACCCCAACGUCAUCAAGUUCAUUGACUGGUGCAGUUGGAACACGCAUGACGAUCGGGCAUGUGUGUAUAUUGUGAUGGAAUAUCUACCUGAGAACUUGCAUGCCAGAAUCAACGGCCGACCCUUGUCUCCCUGGCAUGUGCAUCGCUUCAGCACACAGUUGCUUACUGCCGCUGUUCAUUUGGACAUUUUGCAGAUAUGCCAUCGCGACUUAAAGCCCGAAAACAUACUCCUCAGCCACGAUGACGUGCUCAAAAUUUGUGACUUUGGUUCUGCCAAGAUUCUCGGACAAGGGCCGUCCAGCAACUAUAUCUGUUCUCGUUGGUGGCGUGCGCCUGAACUUAUCCUGGGUGCGAGCGAGUACACAACAAGCAUUGACUGGUGGUCUUGUGGCUGUAUCAUUGCCGAGAUGAUGGCCGGACACCCCAUCUUUACUGGAGAUUCAAGCUGGGGCCAGAUGUACGCCAUUGUGAGAGUCCUUGGAACACCAACAGAGCGGGAGAUGCAAAGCUUGAUGCCGGAAUCUGGUGGAAUACGCUUGGCUCAACACUUCGCGAAUCUCGUGAAGCUUCGUCGUGGCGGUAGGUCUUGGGCAGAGCUUCUCCCGGCAUUUGCCCAUCUUCCUGGUAGCCUCGCAAUUCCUCGCAAGCUGCUGGCAUACUCGCCAAAGGAUCGCUGCCACCCUGCCACGCUGCUCUCAGCGCGAUGUCUGUCACCAUCCAAAAGCCGCACAGAGAGCAAGGCAGCUCGUUGUGAUCGUAGCGAUACAGUGAGGAAGCGCUUCAAACGGAAUCCAACAGCUCUGAUUGCUGUUGAUGAGCCAAAGCCGAAGCGACAGUGCUUCCUGGUGCCGCCUCAGCAAAGCUCCAUACAGGUAGUAGAGUAG